GAGGUGCCCGCUUUGAAAGUUGGACCAGGGAAUUAGCACUUAGGCAGGCGCACGCACACACAAGGCGGAGAAGGAGAAGGGGGGCUUGCCUCAUUGAGAUUGGACUGCAGCACGGGUGGGAGGGGUCCGCCGAUCACAACAAAGACACACACACACAGCGCACGAGAGUCGAGACUCGAGAGGACAGACGUCGGUCGACAUGCGAAGGAGAAGAAGGUGAACGCGGGGGGGAUGCCAGCUGCCGGAUUUGCGGCGGUCCCCCAAGCCCGGAUCAUGACGCCCACAUCACGCACGCUGUUUUUCCUCUUUGUCACGCUACUCGUGCUUCUCCUCAUCAUUGAUGAUAUCUCACAAGUGGAACAAGGAGAAAAGCAUGAAGCCUCAAAUAGCGGCGGCUCAAAGAUGAAGCGGCUCUUCCCGAAAGCACGCAGAACGACAGCGACGACACACGUGGACAGCACGACCUCUCCGAAACAAGCCGCGAUGAAUCUCCUUCAGCCAGCCUACAAUAAUAGCGCCAAGUUGCCAACAGCUGACUGGACCUUCAACAGGACCCUCUCCAAGAUCAUCAGGAAGAACGUGCUAAGAUUCCUGGACCCGGAGCGAGACAUCUCCAUUCUGAAGGGCUCGCUGAGACCCGGCGAUGUGGUCCACUACGUUUUUGACCGCCACAGCACCACCAACAUCUCUGAGAAUCUCCACCGGCUUUUGCCAAGCGUGUCGCCCAUGAAGAAUCAACGUUACGGGCUGUGCGCCGUUGUCGGCAACUCGGGCAUCCUGCUCAACAGCAGCUGCGGUUCCCAGAUCGACUCCCACGACUUUGUCAUCAGGUGCAACCUGGCGCCAGUGGAGGAAUUCGCGCAUGACGUGGGUCGUCGGACCGACCUGGUGACCAUGAACCCUUCGGUGGUGCAGCGGGCCUUCCGGGACCUGGCGGACGAGGAGUGGCGCCAGCGCUUCGUGCGGCGGCUUCGCAGUCUGAGCGGCAGCGUGCUGUGGAUCCCGGCCUUCAUGGCCAAAGGGGGGGAGGAUCGCGUGGAGUGGGCCCUGCGCCUCAUCCUGCGCCACACGGCCGACGUGCGCACCGCCUUCCCGUCCCUGCGCCUGCUGCACGCUGUCAGAGGCUACUGGCUGACCAAUCAGGUCCACAUCAAGCGUCCGACCACAGGGCUCCUCAUGUACACGCUGGCGACCCGCUUCUGCGAGGAGAUCCAUCUUUACGGCUUCUGGCCCUUCUUACGCGACCCGGCGGGCAAGGCGGUCAAGUACCACUACUAUGACUCUCUCAAAUACGAGUACACGUCCAGUUCCAGCCCGCACACCAUGCCGCUGGAGUUUCGGACGCUUAGCGCCUUACACCGACAGGGGGCGCUGCGGCUUCACACUGCCAACUGCCGAGCUCCCGAGCGAGUAGCCGGUGGAAUAUCACCAUGGAAACACUGACCAUGCAGGCUACGCUCACGUCAGCUUGCUUUUGUACAUUUUGUUUUCUGUAAUUGCUGUGGGACUCCACUUUGUUCGCAAGCUUUUUGACCUUCAAUUUACAAAGCAGCUUUUGACUGCGGUAACAACAUUGAGAAGACAAUGGUUCUAAAAAAAAAAACUUGGUUCUCCACCCAAGAUAUCACCGUGACCAUCAUUCACCAACAUAGUAAGCCUAAAUUGUGCAUGAAAAUGAGACUUACAUUUUAUUUUCAGGAACAGCAUCAUAACAAUCUUUUGAACAUGAAUGAAGAAGUAAUUUGACUGCAGUUACGUCACCUGAAGCGAUUAGCACAGGGGUGGGCGGGGAACCCGGGGAACCCCAAUCUACCCGUUUCCCAGCCGCAAUACACCUGAUUCAAAUGAUCAGGCAGGAUUCGGCUCUCACAGGACCAGGGUUCCUCAACCUGAUUUAGAAGAUUAAGAAGUUCCCAAAGAAGUCUGAGUAUAAGAAAAUAAUUCCACUAUUGAACCUAACGGAAGAUGAGAUGAACGCAUUUGACCAUCUAAAUGGUAGUAUAGCCACGUGAAGUGGUUUGAAGAUCAAGAGGACUUUCGAAGCUCAAAGAAGAGGCCUGAUGACCUUGAGGUAAAACAAAAAGAACCUGGUUGUGUGACUAAAAGGCAGAAAAUCAACUUUACAAGUUAAAUACAACUGAACUGGACUUGGCCUGAGAUUUAUUUCCCUGGUCCACCAUUAGAGGGAGCCCACAAGCCACUACUGAAAAUCCAUCUUAACUCAUUAAACACAAGUAUAAGGGCAUCCUUUAUUCGAUUCAAGAUUCAUGUUGCAUAGCCUGCGGAGGCAAAUGAAGAAAGGGGAAAAUGUACUAUUUGAUUGCCCUCCCCCCUCCCGAUGAGAAACAAAGUAGAAGUGUAGCAGCUGGCCACACAGUCGUGUUUGCACAGACUUGCAAGAGUCAACUUAGUGAAAAGAUUGCAAAGAACACUAGCUUUCAAUGCAAUGCUGAGAAUGUAUUUUUUUUAAAUGAAUGUACAAGGUCUAUCUUCUCAGACUUGCGUCCCCUAAUGUGUCAUAUUCAACCACAUCAAUUGUAUAUUGAUUUUCUGGUUCUUUGACUCAAGGACAUUUCAAUGUUUAUUUACGACAAUAUGAAUGUAUUUUUGUGAUGCAAAAAAAAAUCUUAACGUGACAAGAGUUGAAACAGGUGUUUUUAUUUCACAAAGGGAAACAAAGGAGGCCACUGUGGCAAUAUUUCAAACUUUUAUUGCAACUAAGCAGGGAUGCCAUUAAAGCCCGUUUACAAAAUUAACGACACUCUUCAAAUAGCUCACAAUUAUUAUAACCAAGAAUUAUAGGUAG